CUCAUAUCCUACAAUAGUGAUCCAAUACAUAUCCACAAGACUUUUACAAAGAAUACUAAUUAAGUAGUAGCUAUAUAAUUUAUUUAUUUUUUAUAAAAAAGAAAGAAGCAAUUAAAAUACCAUGGCGGCUGCUGGUGGUAGUAAGCUAAUUAUGAUCAGAAACAACCACCAUCUCCGAACUCUAACAACAACUCGACCAACUUCCUUCUCCUCCACUUGUUCUGCCUAUAGGAGGAAAGUACACGAAUCGGCUAACUAUGAGAAGGAAGUAGAAGAGGAGGUUGUUGAAAGUUUCCCUAUCGAAGACAUAUCUCACAAACCAGAAGAAUACUGGGAGCCUGAUCCAAAAACCGGGGUAUUUGUCCCCGCGGCUGAACAAAACUUGGAAGAACCGGCUGUGACGUGCACCACAGAAGAAACGGUUUUGGAUGAAAAAGCGUUUAUACGACCGGAUGAGGAUUUGGAACCUCCUGUAGUGGAAUCGUUUACAGGGGAGAUACCUCCCGUUGAUCCUUUUGCUGAUUGAGUUAAUCAUGUGUUAAUUUAUUCCUAAAGAUAUAAUAAGGUUAGAUAUAAUUAUCUUAAUUUAUUGUAUGGGCAUGUUUAUAAGUCCAUUUUCAUCUUCAUAUCUAAUAAUUGAACUUGUUUAUGGCUAGUUGUAUUGAUAAUGAAAUAUAUUGAAAUCUUAUA